CCAACAGCAUUCCUCCGUUCCAGCGUCACGAGCUGUUUCUCGUCUCCCUGUAUUCCCCUGAUUCCCUGGCUGCCCCUUUUUGGAUCUCGACCUCCCGCCUGGACACAGACUCUGACGCCUCGCUCCUGCCCUUGACCUCACCCCUGCUCACGGACUUCCGAACCUGCCUUGCCCCCUUGGGCUUCCGCCCCUCACUCAACACUGCCGGUCGAUGCUGACACCAUACCAGCAGGGGGCGGUAGUGAGCAGCGAGGCCAUGCUGACAUGACAGAAAAAAAGGAAAAAAAAACACAAACAACUCCUUUUUUUAAAACCCCACCAAACCAAGAUGGCGGUGCAGGAGACAGCAUCUCAACUAUCCAUGGCUCUCAAAGUCCAAGAAUACCCCACCUUGAAGGUGCCCUACGAGACUCUGAACAAACGCUUCCGAGCGGCCCAGAAGAACAUCGACAGAGAGACAAGUCACGUGACCAUGGUGGUCGCCGAGCUGGAAAAGACGCUCAGCAGCUUUCCAGUGGUGGACUCAGUGGUGUCCCUGCUGGACGGCGUGGUGGAGAAACUCAGCGCCCUGAAACGAAAGGCUGCCGAGUCCAUCCAAGCAGAGGACGAGAGCGCCAAGCUGUGCAAGCGGCGCAUCGAGCACCUGAAGGAGCACAGCAGCGACCAGCCGGCCUCGGUCAACUUGUGGAAGAAGAAGCGCAUGGACCGCAUGAUGGUGGAGCACCUGCUUCGCUGCGGCUACUACAACACCGCCGUCAAGCUGGCCAGACAGAGCGGCAUCGAGGAUCUUGUCAACAUUGAGAUGUUCCUCACUGCAAAAGAGGUGGAGGAAUCCCUGGAGAGGCAGGAGACCGCCACCUGCUUAGCUUGGUGCCAUGACAACAAGUCCCGCCUUCGCAAGAUGAAGAGCUGCCUGGAGUUCAGUUUGAGGAUCCAGGAGUUCAUCGAGCUGAUCAGACAAAACAAACGAAUGGAUGCCGUCAGACAUGCAAGGAAACACUUCAGCCAAGCAGAAGGCGGACAGUUGGAUGAAGUUCGGCAGGUGAUGGGCAUGCUGGCCUUCCCCUCAGAUACACACAUCUCCCCGUACAAGGAUCUUUUGGACCCGACCCGCUGGAAGAUGCUGAUCCAGCAGUUCCGAUAUGACAACUACAGACUGCACCAGCUGGGGAACAACUCUGUCUUCACCAUCACGCUGCAGGCCGGUCUGUCUGCCAUCAAGACACCUCAGUGCUACAAAGAGGACGGCACCUCCAAGAACCCUGAUUGCCCCGUGUGCAGUAAAUCUCUAAACAAGCUGGCCCAACCUCUUCCCAUGGCCCACUGCGCCAACUCCAGACUGGUGUGUAAGAUCUCUGGAGAGGUCAUGAACGAGAACAACCCCCCCAUGAUGCUGCCCAACGGUUACGUGUACGGCUACAAUUCGCUGCUGUCCAUUCGCCAAGACGACAAAGUGGUCUGCCCCAGAACCAAAGAGGUUUUCAACUUCUCACAGGCCGAGAAGGUCUACAUCAUGUGAUCACGUAGGCGACACGCUAACAUCACGAUGCCAAAAGGCUCGCCGUCGCUCGGCUGACGUGAUCAACCUGUGGAGCUGUGACCCCCCACCCCGCCUCUACCACACAGCUACACCAGAAGCCCCCCAUCCUUGUCCCCAUCCCCAACACGUGAUGAGCUCAGAUUGACCAAGUUUCCUCAUUGGGCCAUUUUUAUCUCACAGUCACCGGGUGCUCCCCCCCCCCUCCUGCGAUCAGACGAGACCAGAAGACGAGAUCAUCUACGCACACGGACGGUCAUCUUUUCACAGGCCUUACACUCUCAACCGUAGACUCCAGGAAGUAGAUAAUUCGGUUUUAGUACAACCGAUGAAUAUACUGUCCGAGCUCACCUCUUUGAGAACAAUCAGCUCAUUUGGUAGCAACUGUUUGUACGUGCGUGUGCGUGUGUGAUAGAGAAUGGAUGGAUCUACAUGCCAUCUUUGCUGCCUUUCAUCCCCCCGUCAUCAGGACUGCAACAGGCUGGCUUUUGUAAUGUAAAUAGUAGGCAGGCUUUGUGGGGGAGGAAAAGACUGGAGGUCGACCUCCUUAACAGCAGACUGAACAAGUUUUUUUUUCUGAUGUAAACUGGUGAUGGUUUAACUCUUCGUUUCUUACUAAACUCAUGAGCGUCGUAUUAAUAAUCUCGUCAGUAUUCUCAUGACAGCUGUCUUUGAUGAACAAGCGGUCUUCCUAUGCCUUGUUGAGGUCUCGUCACCUCCCUGCUUUAAUUUACUAUAUUCCACAUUCAUUGGGAAAUUGCGCCACGUAAAAUAAAAACGUAGGAGUUCGUACUGCUGGGACUGCUUCCACUGCGGGAAGACUUCUUACAAUAAGUUGGAUUGUGUCCCAUUUAUGAGGUCUGGCCUGGGCCUGGUUCUGGUUCUUGUUCUUGUUCCAAGCAUGCCUUUAUGGACCGUGCUUUGUGCACGGGGGUAGAAAAGGCCCUUCCACAAAACGAAAGGGGAACUGCACUUUUUUUGUUUUUUUAGCCUACGUUCACAAUCAUUAUGAGAAAAGAACACGUCUUUUUUUACAUUUAUUUGAACGAUGACUAAAAAAAUGCUUGGACGAUGCGGCUAAUGGGAGUCACCGUUGUAGCCUUCAAAGCCUCUAAAACAACUUCAAUGCUUUAUAUACCGCAAGUAUAUAUAUGAUGUAGUAACAGACAUGUUCAUAACAAUAUUUACCGAAUUUUGAUCAUAUAAUCAUUGCCAGAUCUAGUUCUUCGGCACAUUUAUUUCCGUUUCUAUAGCAGCGCAAUUCUGACUUCCAGUGUGUUCCUACUUCCGGAUCAUGGCAGACUUGGUAACAAACCACAAAUACGACUACUUUUGGACAAAUGGCGAUUCACAACCUUAUGUUUUUGAAUCUGAAUUAAUGGAGGAUGAACUGCUGCUUCUAGAAGACAGCACGAAGGAAGGGUGAGACGUUGGAGCAGACAGAAGCCGAGAGUGAGGUGAAGUGAAGCUGCAAAAUGUGGAACUUGGACCCAAGCUAUUUCGACAUAAAUGGAUUGCUUAACCAAAAUCAACAGGAAACGUCCCCGGCCAGCUGCACCAGACGAACAACUGUCCAUCGAGUGAGUCACUUUAAUAAUCGAUCAUGAUACACGCAGCAUGUCAUGCGUGUUAUUACAACUACAGUACAUACACUGAUAGCUGUGUACAAACAAAACAUGAAAUACUACUUUACAGAUACUGUAAUAUGAUUGUUCAUGUUUUUCAGUCAGUACAGAUUGGUGUUCUGUCACAGCAUUACAAACUCAAAACGCGUUUUGUGCUGACGUAGAAGCUAGCUUGUCUCUUGCCGCAGUUUGCUUUAUGGCUAAUAACGAAGCACGCCGAUGUGUGACUACGCUACAAAAACAGUAACUCAGUGUUGCUCUUACAAUAACAAUGUCGCUACAGCUUGAUUAUUAUACAGGUUACGGAACGUAAGUAAAGUAUUUUUGUCGGUUGAAUGCAUUUUUAAAGGGAUUUAAUGGUAGAAUUGGUUGCUCCCAUUAGCUCCAUUGCUAGCCACCAUCGCUUUAUAUGUUGGAAAGUGAAAGAAAACGUCUUUUUGUCUCAUAAUGAUUGUGAACGAUUGGCAAAAUUCCCCCCAAAAAGUGCAGUUCCUCUUUAAUUUCGAAUACGAUUCAGGGACUGAUUUAAUCUUUUUGAUUACUGGCUGUGUCCCAGUACUUGUGUCCACAUAGUGAAUGUGUCAAUUAUCUUUUGGAAUUUUAGGCAAUGUUUCCCCAAGUAAAGAAAGUGGAAGAACUGUCCACUGACAGUAAGUAGUAAUUCAGUUUUUGUUCGAAACCUGUUUUGAGUCGUAAAACCCAAUCGUACAAAAACCGUAGCAACUUUUCCAACAAGUAAUAAAAGUAAAGCCAAUAAAUCCAUUCACACAAAGCACAUUUUGCAAAGAAAAAACUGUUACACUUGCAGAAAAUUGUGUGAAAUACAUAGAAAUGAAGAAUGAAAAGUGUUAUAUAUUGUUUUAUUAAAGACUUGUCGGCGAAGACAGCAAGUAACAAAGGCGGGCCAUGACUUUGUUCUAGAAUCCGACAAUGUUUCUCACCUUUGACCCCAUGGGUGGCGAGUACAGUGCAUGCUACCAGGCCUAGUGUGUAAGGAAUAGACGUUACAGUUUGGCUCACCUUGUGUAUGAAUACCAUUGGCAAAACCGACUCACCAGUAGCAUUCUUUGAUUGGGCACUCGAUUGCACGGAAUGACACCAUUUUUUUUAGCCGAUGUUUGGCCAAACAAUAAACAAGCUCAAUUUUGGCGAAAUGUUUUCUCAAACUGUGGCGUACAAACUUUGGUACCACUGUAUUUUUUUCCUCCUGUUAUGUUUUAGAUUAAAGAUUGAGCCGAUCAGAGGAAUUUUAGUACGUAAGUGUGGAUUAAAGCACAAAUGAGCAUCAAAGUAUAAAUGGUUAAACUCCAAUCCUCACUCAAAACGAGUGACUUCUAGGCAUUAGUCCACAGUUCUUAAGAAAAAGUUGUUGCCAUUGAAUGCAUUUGGACCGUCUUGUGUUUCUGUUCUUAGACUAGAGGAAAAGAUUUGUUUCAUGAUCAAUAUGCCUCAUAAAGAUUUUACCAGACUUUUGAA